UUCUUUCCGUUAAUCUCUCCUACAUCUCACUCACUGAUAAUCUGUCCUUGUCUGAAGGCGAUGAGAUAGCAGUCAUACCACCAAUAUCAGGAGGAUGAGUAAUAAAUGUGUUGAUUUGGUAUUAAUUACACCCGAACCACUGGAUGAGAGCAAAGUACGCUCGUAUGUGAGUGAUAAUACUGCUGGGGCUAUAUCUAUCUUCAUUGGCACCACACGGAAUCAUUUCAAUGGGAAAAAGGUGCUAAAACUAGAGUAUGAGGCCUACACAGCAAUGGCUGUUAAACAAUUGCAAGAAAUAUGUAAUGAUGCUCGUUUGAAAUGGUCCCUAUGUAAGAUGGCUGCUGUUCAUAGGAUAGGUGAAGUCCCUGUUGGUCAACCCAGUGUCAUGGUUGCCAUCUCUUCAGAACAUCGUCAUGAUGCCAUUUCAGCUGUAUCUUAUGUCAUUGACGCCAUUAAGGCAUCUACUACAAUAUGGAAGAAGGAGGUGUAUGAAGAUGGUGAGGGCCAAUGGAAAGCCAACAAGGAGUGCAAAUGGCUCAAUGAAGAUAAAGGAGCACCUUAGAAAUCAAUAUAAUAUUUUUAAUAUUUUUCGCUACUAUUUAUAAUUGUAAAUUAAUAGUCACUAAUAGAGUCUUGGUUCAUUUAGCAGCAAACAUGCAAAA